AUGGAGCAAAACACAUUGAAGCGAAGAGGCAUCGGUCUGACCGGUGUCGACAAGAAACGAUCAUUCGGAGGCUACACCCUUUUCUGUCCACUGACCAGCGACACUGCGCAUCUGGUCGACAUCGACGGUCAAGAAGUGCAUUCGUGGAAACUCCCGGGAAGAAUUGGACGCCAUGCGAGGAUCCUGCCGAAUGGUAAUCUCGCGGUCAACACGCUUCGCCCGUCUCAGCGUACCACAAAGGAUGGAGGGCCAUAUCCAUUCCCCUUUUUCAACAAGUACGGCGGAGGUAUCAUGAGUGAAUUGGCCCCCGAUGGGAAAGUGGUUCGCCAGUACACCGACCCCUUUGGUCACCAUGACCAAUAUCACUACGGGGAUGGUCGAAUGCUUUACACCAGCCUUGAGGCUCUUUCGCCUGAAGAAUCAGCAAAGGUCAUCGGUGGUGUGCCGGGUUCCGAGAUCGACGGCAUAACCUACGCAGACACAAUCAAUGAGGUCGAUGCCGACGGCAAACUGGUGUGGCAGUGGAAGGUCUCGGAGCGCCUACCUAGAGAGGACUACCCGUUACAACCACAUUACACUCGGGAACAUUAUCCUCUGAUCAACGCCGUGUUGCCGAUGCGGGAUGGAAAGCACAUCCUGGCGUCUAUGCGAUCAGUCUCCGCGGUCGUGAUCAUCGAGAAAUCUACAGGCGACAUUGUGUGGAAACUCGGAUCGGACGUGCUGGCACAGCAACACAAUGCCACCGAGCUAGACAAUGGCAAUAUCCUCAUCUUCGACAACGGGGCCUUUCGAACGGGAGAAUCAAUUCAAUACACGCGUGCCAUUGAAGUGGACCGUGAGACCAAGAAGAUCGUCUGGGAGUACCAUGACCGCUCACAGAUGGUAUACUUCUUCACACCGUUCAUGGGCAGCGCUCAGAGGCUGGCAAAUGGCAACACCUUGUUGUGUGAGAGUGCCUUUGGUCGUGUGUUUGAGGUAACAAAAGACGGCUAUGUUUGCUGGGAGUACGUCAAUCCUCACUUUGCGCCAUAUCCAGAUGCGGCAACGGCAAAGAUAUUUCCUGGGGAGUCGAACGCCUUGUUCAGAGCUUAUCGGUAUUCUCUGGACGAGAUUCCUUGGCUGAAGGAGAGGUUGGAGAGUGGCGAGACACAAGUCGAAGCAGGGCGGGGUCGGGCGAAUCUGUAG